UGACGGCGCUCUCCUAGCGACUGACCAUGGCGGGGAGGGGGAAGAGGAGGCGCGCGACGGUGCUCGACGACGACGAGCGGCGGGGGCGGCGGAGGCUGGAGGAGUCGGCCCUGCUCCUCCACAAGAUCAAAGGGCUGGUGGGCUGGGUGGUCGCGGAGCUCAGCGCCGGCCGAUCCCCUUCCCUGGCGCUCCACCGCUACCAGAACUACUGCGCCUCCGCCGCCGCCGCCGCGUCCCCGUCCACCUGCGCCUGCAGCUACGACGCCCCCGUCGGCACGGACGUCCUCUCCCUCCUCCGCAAGGAAUUCCACGCCUCCCGCCUCAAUGUGCUUCUCAGGGUCCUGCUCGUGGUGCAGCAGCUCCUGCAGGAGAACAAGCACUGCUCCAAGAGGGACAUCUACUACAUGUACCCCUCCAUGUUUGUAGAACAAGCAAUUGUUGACCGUGCGAUCAACGAUAUCUGCAUACUCUUCAAGUGCAGCCGGCAUAAUCUCAACGUGGUUCCUGUGGCAAAAGGUUUGGUGAUGGGCUGGAUAAGAUUUGUGGAGGGUGAAAAGAAAGUGUACUGUAUAACAAACGUCAAUACUGCUUUCCCCAUUCCAGUUAGCAUCGAAGCAAUCAAAGAUGUUGUUAGUGUUGCUCACUACAUACUUGUUGUUGAGAAGGAGGCAGUGUUCCAGCGUUUGGCCAAUGACAAGUUCUGCAAAAAGAAUCGCUGCAUUGUUAUUACAGGAAGAGGCUACCCAGAUAUUCCAACAAGAAGAUUCUUACGCUACCUUGUCGAACAGCUGCGCUUGCCCGCUUAUUGCUUAGUGGACUCAGAUCCUUAUGGUUUUGAUAUUCUGGCCACCUAUAAAUUUGGUUCCAUGCAAAUGGCAUACGAUGCAAAUGUUCUGCGUGUGCCUGAGAUACGUUGGCUCGGGGUCUUCACAUCCGACUUUGAGGAGUAUUGUCUUCCAGACUGCUGUCAACUUCCAUUGUCAUCUGAAGAUACAAGGAAGCUUGAAGGAAUUCUCACCAGAUGUUACUUACACAGGGAAGCCCCAGAAUGGAGGUUGAAGUUGGAAGAGAUGCUGGAAAAGGGUGUCAAGUUUGAGAUUGAAGCAUUGUCAUCAAGUUCCAUUUCUUUCCUGUCGCAAGAGUACAUCCCCCAAAAGAUCAAACUGGUUGCUUGUCUGAUCAUACAUCAAAACAAUCCCCUUGGUAUUCACAACAAGAUUUUGGCUGCAAUUAUUGCAUACCUUUCGACACUGCAUGGUUAAUCAUGACUGCUACUUGGAUUA